AUGGUGUCUCUUGGCCCCAUGACUUAUGCUGUAGGUACAGUACAAGCUUAUGCUGCAGGUAUAGUACAAGCUUAUGCUGCAGGUAUAGUACAAGCUCAUGCUGCAGGUACAGUACAAGCUUAUGCUGCAGGUACAGUACAAGCUUAUGCUGCAGGUACAGUACAAGCUUAUGCUGCAGGUAUAGUACAAGCUUAUGCUGCAGGUAUAGUACAAGCUCAUGCUGCAGGUACAGUACAAGCUUAUGCUGCAGGUACAGUACAAGCUUAUGCUGCAGGUACAGUACAAGCUUAUGCUGCAGGUAUAGUACAAGCUCAUGCUGCAGGUACAGUACAAGCUCAUGCUGCAGGUACAGUACAAGCUCAUGCUGCAGGUACAGUACAAGCUCAUGCUGCAGGUACAGUACAAGCUUAUGCUACAGGUACAGUACAAGCUCAUGCUGCAGGUACAGUACAAGCUUAUGCUGCAGGUAUAGUACAAGCUUAUGCUGCAGGUAUAGUACAAGCUUAUGCUGCAGGUAUAGUACAAGCUCAUGCUGCAGGUACAGCACAAGCUUAUGCUGCAGGUACAGUACAAGCUCAUGCUGCAGGUAUAGUACAAGCUCAUGCUGCAGGUACAGUACAAGCUUAUGCUGCAGGUAUAGUACAAGCUUAUGCUGUAGGUACAGUACAAGCUUAUGCUGUAGGUACAGUACAAGCUUAUGCUUCAGGUAUAGUACAAGCUUAUGCUUCAGGUAUAGUACAAGCUUAUGCUGCAGGUACAGUACAAGCUUAUGCUGCAGGUACAGUACAAGCUUAUGCUGCAGGUACAGUACAAGCUUAUGCUGCAGGUACAGUACAAGCUUAUGCUGCAGGUAUAGUACAAGCUUAUGCUGCAGGUAUAGUACAAGCUCAUCCUGCAGGUACAGUACAAGCUCAUGCUGCAGGUAUAGUACAAGCUUAUGCUGCAGGUACAGUACAAGCUUAUGCUGCAGGUACAGUACAAGCUUAUGCUGCAGGUACAGUACAAGCUUAUGCUGCAGGUACAGUACAAGCUUAUGCUGCAGGUAUAGUACAAGCUUAUGCUGCAGGUAUAGUACAAGCUUAUGCUGCAGGUACAGUACAAGCUCAUGCUGCAGGUAUAGUACAAGCUUAUGCUGCAGGUUCAGUACAAGCUUAUACUGUAGGUACAGUACAAGCUCAUGCUGCAGGUACAGUACAAGCUUAUGCUGCAGGUACAGUACAAGCUCAUGCUGCAGGUAUAGUACAAGCUUAUGCUGCAGGUACAGUACAAGCUUAUGCUGUAGGUACAGUACAAGCUCAUGCUGCAGGUACAGUACAAGCUUAUGCUGCAGGUAUAGUACAAGCUCAUGCUGCAGGUACAGUACAAGCUUAUGCUGCAGGUAUAGUACAAGCUCAUGCUGCAGGUACAGUACAAGCUCAUGCUGCAGGUAUAGUACAAGCUCAUGCUGCAGGUACAGUACAAGCUUAUGCUGCAGGUACAGUACAAGCUUAUGCUGUAGGUAUAGUACAAGCUCAUGCUGCAGGUACAGUACAAGCUCAUGCUACAGGUACAGUACAAGUUUAUGCUGCAGGUAUAGUACAAGCUUAUGCUGCAGGUACAGUACAAGUUUAUGCUGCAGGUAUAGUACAAGCUUAUGCUGCAGGUAUAGUACAAGCUUAUGCUGCAGGUACAGUACAAGCUUAUGCUGCAGGUACAGUACAAGCUUAUGCUGCAGGUACAGUACAAGUUUAUGCUGCAGGUAUAGUACAAGCUUAUGCUGCAGGUACAGUACAAGCUUAUGCUGCAGGUACAGUACAAGCUUAUGCUGCAGGUACAGUACAAGCUUAUGCUGCAGGUACAGUACAAGCUUAUGCUGCAGGUAUAGUACAAGCUUAUGCUGCAGGUACAGUACAAGCUUAUGCUGCAGGUAUAGUACAAGCUUAUGCUGCAGACACCAGAUAUGUCAUUGUGAGUGAUUAUAACUUAGAGGUGAGUGAUUAUAACUUACAGGUGAGUGAUUAUAACUUACAGGUGAGUGAUUAUAACUUACAGGUGAGUGAUUAUAACUUACAGGUGAGUGAUUAUAACUUACAGGUGAGUGAUUAUAACUUACAGGGAAGUGAUUAUAACUUACAGGUGAGUGAUUAUAACUUACAGGGAAGUGAUUAUAACUUACAGGUGAGCGAAUACAUUAUACAGGGGAGUGAAUGCAUUAUACAGGUGAGUGAAUACAUUAUACAGAAACACGUCAGCUCUCCAAUUGUUGCAAAUUUAAGUCUUAAAAUUGAACUUCUAUAG